GAAAUUCUUCAUGAAACAAUUGAUCUUACAUCAAAUGUUAUUCAAUCGCUUGAACAACAAGAAAAAUUUGCUCAUGAUACAAAAGAAAGUUUACAUAAUCAAAAUCUAUUGUUAUCUUUAGCUAAUGAUAAAAUGCGUUUAAUGAAUCAAGAUUUAACAUCUGUUGUUAAUGAAAUGAAUGAAAUUGAUACACAUCAUGGUUGUUUAUGUUGUAAAAUGAAAAAAAAGAAAAUUGAUAUAAAACCAAUCGUUAUACCAUCUUAUACAAAUGAGAAACCAUUAGAAAUAAAGAGAAGAACUUCGACGAUACCAGAACUUAUUAAUAAUAAUGAACAAGAAAAAAUUAUUGUUAAUGAAUUAAAUCAAAUGAAAAAUCAAUUAAUUCUUUUUCAAGAUCAAGUUAAAACUAUUAAUCAAUCAUUUAAAGAAGGUAAUGAAAUUAUACAUCAACUUGGCAAUGAAACAGAUCAAUAUAUGCAUGCAAUUACAACAGCAUUGAAUAAAGCUGAACAUGUACUUGGUCGAAAAUUUGUCGUUAAUCAAGAACAACAACUAAAUUAA